AUGUUACGGCGCGGUGCUGCUAGUGGUUGGUGGAUGUCGGUAACCCUGCUGACGGUGCUUACCGCCCGGACUACCGUGGUGGCCCAGUGCCCCUGGCAGCGGGAGGUACCCGAUCUGCAAAACUCGUGCUUAUGUGCCUACAACCUCGGACAGGAACUGUCCGUACAAUGUGAUCAAGUUGAUUUCCCCGUGUUAGUUGAAGCCUUAGACAAGUACGCGCGUGCUACACCUUUGGAUCUGCUGUACGUAAACAAUUCGACGAUCGAGCAGCUAGAAGGCGGUUUGUUCGUCAACCUGAAGCUACACAACGUACAGCUCAGCAGUUGCAAAAUGCGACGAAUCGACGAAAAAGCCUUCCAAGGACAGGAAGCCGUGUUGAAGAACCUUAAUCUUCAGGAUAACCUACUAGAAGAGGUGCCAAUUCGAGCACUCAAACCACUCACCAUCCUGAACCUGCUCGAUCUGUCGAAGAACCGUUUGCACAGUGUGCCAAACGAUGCAUUCGCUGGAUUGCGCAAACUAUCCACACUGAAGUUGUCCGAUAACAACGUGACGCUCGCACCAUUUGCCUUCCGGGGACUAGAGGCAAGUCUGAAGAAUCUUAACCUCAAGGGCACCAAACAGAAGCGUGUCCCGGAGGCAGUUCGUGGUUUGCGCACGCUUGCCUUUCUCGAUCUCUCGCAGAAUGGCAUCCGUGAAUUGCCCGGUGGUGCUGGUGUGAAAUCGUUUGAUGGAUUGGACGCACUGACCGCACUCAAUCUUGAAAGGAACCUUAUUCAAAGCUUGGGUGAGACGGCAUUUUCCGGCGUGCGGAAAACGCUCAGUUCGUUGAGCUUGCUCAACAACUUGCUGGCUGAGUUCCCGGUCGGAGCGAUCCAUUCGUUGCGAGAACUGCGGGUGCUUGAUAUCGGUUUCAACCUUCUUACCGCACUGCCCGAAACGGCGUUCCGAGGUAAUCCAGCCGUAACGCUGCUAGCUCUGGAUGGAAAUCCAUUACCAACCGUGCCGGAGAAAGCAUUGGCUCAUCUUAAUCGAACACUUCGAGGACUAUCGCUUGGUGGUCGCUUCCUGCACUGCGAUUGCAAAUUGCGCUGGGUGGCUGAAUGGAUCCGAAAUGGCGAUUUACAGGUAACAUCACGCGAACGUAAUCCACAGUUCUGUGGUUCUCCAAAUCGCUUCCGAGAGCGCGGCUUUUACUCCAUCCAACCGGAGGAACUCACCUGUCCAGAAUCGGAGGUAGCUCUUGAAGGUCCGGUCGGUGUGGUUGAGUCUUUGUUACCCAAAACGACCACAGCUCGUACCACAACCGCUUCAUCCACCAUAACCACACUUUUAACGCAAUCGACAACGCUCAGCGGCAUUACCAACGCUACUGUUACCGUUGUGGCGACGUCACCUUCUACCACCACGCAGCAGCAAGGCUCUUCCUCAAACGCCGCAGAAACACAGUCUUCCAACAGCACAACGUCACAGAGCAGUACGACAGUAACUACAACGACACCUGCAACAACGAAACAAUCGACCACAGCUUCAGCAACGACUACCACGACGACCAAGACACCGGCCACCAAGAAUUGGCGAGGGAACGGUAGCAGCAACAACUCACCGCCUCACAAACAGCGCCCUCCACUGGUGCUUGGCUUCCCACCACAACGAGGCACCCAGAUAGACGAUUCCAAGGAGGUGCAGGUUAAAAAUGCUUUCAGCUCGCGCCAGGACAACUCGGUCAUCAUCCAGUGGGACUCGGACACGGCCAACAUCCUUGGCUUCCGUGUGGUCUAUCGUCUGUUUGGCGAUAAGAGCUUCAAGCAGGGCCCACCGCUAGAAGCGAGCGAGCGCGAAUUCAAGAUCAAGAACGUACCGUCGGCCGAAUGCAUAAUCGUGUGUGUGGUGUCACUCGAGGAGAUCAACGUAACGCCCGACACCGUGCCUUACACUCAGUGCCGGGAGGUGCGCACGGUAGCCUCGCCCGCGUCCAACAUGGACAAGAUUACGAUCGCUGCCAGUGCUGCCAUCUGUGGCACAAUCAUCGUUGCGGUGAUCGUCUUCAUUGCCGCUAGCAGGAUUCUUUUCAGAAGACGCUCCAAGAAGCUGCAGUCCCUGUCGCAACAGAAGAGCGCUUUGCCGAUCGCCGGUCUGCCGGUCAACUGCUGCGGUCCGACGCCAAGCCCGAACGGGCCACUAGGGUCGCUGGCGACACUGUCCGCGUUCAACUCGCACAAGCAGGACUGGGACCAGGUGUCAGCGUACAGUGGCCGCUCGAUACCGCGGCCCCGCAUCUACCCGAUGGAAAAUCAAGCCAUCCCGGACGAUCUCCGCAGCCACGUGUCGCACUUCUCGGCCGUCGGUGGCGGUGGUGGCGGUGGUCCGAAGGUAGGCAAGGCACGCUCGAUCGCGGAUGGGCAGUCGCAUCACAGCUUCUCGAAUCACUCGCAGCGUGGAUAUCUCGGUUCGGCAUUUCCCAGCAAUUUGGUUAACUCGAGACCAGAACUAAGACAGUCCAGACAGUCGCUAGCUGCCGCGUCGGAGCGUAUGUCCCGGGCAUCGUACGCGGGUUCGAUCGUACACGGACCGGCCCAUAGUAUCGCUUCGAGCACAAGACGCACAAGGCCAAGGUCCCGAUCGCGAGACCAGCUGAGUGGAGCGCACAUCCACACGCAUCAGCAUCGUCCUGGUAGUCGCUACUCCACCGCCGGCUCAACGCACACGCUCAACAACUAUUGCGACACGUCCGACAACUGGACCGAUCACGACAUGGACAUCUACAUGGCGCGCAACCCAACGGCACGCAACGGCGGUAUGGUGCCGUUAUGAGACCGGCUGCUCGUUUCCUGAUACGGUGAUCCACCGCACGAUUACGGCGAAGUUUUCUGACAGCGACACCCCGCCGACGGUCCUGUUGUGCCCUCUGCAACGGAAGACCGUCGGACGACGAUAAUGGUACCGUGCGAUCUGUCCAGUACGGAGGCACCGCCCGAGUACAGCGAAAUCAACGAACACGAAACGAUCCCACUAGCAACGAUCCGAUGCAACGACGACUACGGUGUCGGCGGUGUGUCGGUGCAUCGUCGAACGCCACCUUUGCUACGCC